UCCUCUAAUUUGAAUUAUUAAGGGCAUGGUUAAGAUUGUUGCCACUAGAUGUCCUUCACAUCAACUGUAACUCACGCGGGUGCAACCGGAAGCCAGGUCCAGUACCGCAUUGGCGCUCGAGUUGGAGGUUUGUGUUUUUUGACAGUGCUGAUGUUAUUUGGAGAAGGUAAGAUAAUUAUUUUUUUGCAUUGAUAUACUGGCUGUAAUGAUUUGGUAUUUAUGCUGCAUAUAGCCAAUCGUGUGUGCAUUAUAGGUAUGUGCCAUAACAUGAUAUAUAAAACAUAGAUGUUUUAUUAAAAAAAAAUAAUGCGAAUAUUUACGUAUGGGGUGAGAUGGACCCCGAGGGUUCCAUCUCACCCCUUACUCUAAAUAUUUUACAAACACUUAGCAUUUUCUUUCCUUUUUCCUUGUAGAUGCCCCGGAAAUACGUGAGAAUAAGUAAUAGAGGGGGAUGGAAUACAGAAGCAAUGCAGAAUGCAAUAUCUGCAGUUAAAGAAAAAAAGAUGGGUGUGAAAGCAGCCUCCAAGGAAUUUAAUGUCCCCAAGACUACUCUACGUCGCCGCGUUAAAGAGAAAAAUAAGAUAGCAACCGGUUCGACAAAGAUGCUUGGUCCUCUCACGACGGUAUUCAGUAAUGAACAAGAAGAAGAGUUGGUUGCUCACAUUUUAUCGAUGGAAGAUCGAUUUUUUGGACUUACUACAAGGGAUGUUCGCUACAUUGCAUUCCAAGCAGCGGAGAGGAAUAACUUGGACCACAAAUUUAACAAAACGGUUGGACUUGCAGGUAAAGACUGGUUAUUGGGCUUCCUACGGCGCCACCCACAACUUUCAAUUCGGACCCCAGAACCAACUUCUGCUGCUCGAGCAAGAUGCUUCAAUCAGACAAAUGUGGACAAGUUCUUCGACAUCUUAUCCUUAGUUCAGGAAGGCCACUUCUUUCCUCCACACAGGAUUUUCAAUGUGGAUGAGACAGGUAUUACAACGGUGCAGACAAAACCUACAAAAAUCCUUGGUCAGCGUGGGAAAAAACAGAUUGGCAGUCUGACUUCUGCUGAAAGAGGAGUUCUAGCUACAGCAGUUUGCUGUAUGUCAGCUGGAGGGCAGUUUGUUCCACCUUUCCUCAUCUUUCCACGGGUUCGUAUGAAGCAAGAACUAAAGGAUGGUGCUCCACCAGGAACCGGAUUUGCCUGUCAUCCAUCUGGGUGGAUGCAGCUCCCCAUUUUUACAGAAUGGUUUCAGCACUUUAUUGCCCACACCAAGCCAUCAGUGAAUGAUCCAGUAUUGUUGAUUAUGGAUGGACAUAUGACCCAUAUUAAGAAUCUUGAUGUUAUCAAUCUUGCCAGGGAUAAUUAUGUCACGAUUGUUGUUUUACCACCACAUUGCAGUCACCGAAUGCAGCCACUGGAUGUUUCAUUUAUGAAACCACUGAAUGCCUACUAUGUGAGGGCUAUUGAAACAUUCCUCAGAAACAAUCCUGGCAGGCUUGUGACAAUCUACAAAAUAAGUGCUUUGUUUGGUGAGGCCUAUCUACAUGCUGCUGUUCCAAACACAGCCAUUAAUGGGUUUAAGAAAACCGGUAUCUGCCCAUUGAAUAAGCAUGUUUUCGGAGAAGCUGCAUUUUUACCUGCCCACCCAACAGACUUUCCAUUAAAUGCUGAUCAGGAAGAGGAAGAUCUGAACGACCAUGUCGCCCCUCCUAUCAUGGUCACUGAGAAUGAACCUGAAUUGGAAGUAGCUGACAUAUCGGAAAACUCAUGUGCUGUUCCUGUUCCUGAAAACCAAGUCUGUUCAGGCCAGGUAGUUCACCCAAGGAAAUUGUUCCCUUGCCAAAGGUGACCAUAACGACACGAAAGAAAAGACCUAGGGCUCAAAGGAGACCCCUCAACAUGACAGGAUCCCCAUACAAGAAUGAGCUCGAGACAGAAAUUCAGAAGAAAAAAGAAAAAGAGGUCAGUCUAGCAAAGAAGCAAAAAGAAAGAGAAGCCAAAAAUCAUAUCAAAGCAACUACGACGUGAAAAAAGGAAGAUAAACCCAAAAACACAACAAGCAAAAGCUGGACCAUCCUGGCUUCAUGAAAGCAACAGCGAGAGUGAAGAGGGAGAUGGAACUGUCUGCCUGUAUUGCAGUGACACCUUUGGAAAUUCUGCAAGAGGUGAAGGGUGGGUUUGUUGUGCCAAUUGUAAAAAAUGGGCACACGAGCAAUGUGCAGUGAUACUGGAUGAUGAGGAUGAUAUUGAGUGUUUUGUUUGUGAUCUAUGCAAGGAAUGAUCAGGCAAUUUGGCAUAAUAUUUAUAAAGUAUCCCUGCAGGUGUAAAAUGGGCACAGAAGCAAAUGUAUGUGGGUAAAGGAUGCUGAAAGAAGGGUUUUCUUUGUAAUUUGAUCCAGGAAGGAUCUGUUUUCAUUAUUUUUUGGUCGAGGGUUAUGAUGAACCCUUAGGAAG